UGCAGUCGCACGAUGGAAGCUUUCAGGAGAAUAUUUGGCAUGCUAGACAACCGAUCUCUCCGAUACGCUGCGACAGUUUCUUUGACGUGGAGAGGAAUUGCUGCCUUCGAACAGAGACGCAGGAAAACACGCGUCGCAAAAAGAACAAAACAUAAACUAACGUGGCGUUUACCAGUUCAAUUUUUCAAUGAGGCAUCUGUGACGUUUGAUGUGAACGAACGAGUUGGCUGUGCUGUUCAGCAGAAUCUCGAUCGUUCCCGCAAAUACUUACGCGCAUCGGACAACUUCAAAGAUAAGAAGAACAUCAAGAUGUAUAAAAGAAAUAUACGCUUUUAA